CUCAGCUGGGAUCAGAGCUGCAGCAGAAGCGUCGAUUCCUUUAAAAGAUGGAUUUUCCCCUUUUGGCUGGAAUUAGGAGCAUGACUCAGGCAUCCUCUCCGGGCUGAUCUUGUGGUCCCUGAAAGGAAAAGAGGCUCAGGAGAGCGUUUUAUUUUUGCAAGCAGUUCCAUCUGAUUCACUGAAGUGGAAUGUGGGAAACGGGAGUUCUGCAAACACGUCUGCUGUGGAAUUAUGGACUGAGCAGGAUCCUGCUGCCCCUGGAUUUCCCCGUGGGAACGAGGUUGCGUUCACCUUCGGGGAUGCAACGUGAAAAGCUGGCAAGGAUUUGAGUUUUUCUUUUAAACUGCUGAAAUUUCCCAUCCUGGGCUGACCCCAGGGAUAGCCCAGGAAAGCUGUUUGGUUUCCAGCUUUUUUGGGAAGUCUUUUCAGUAGCUUGGCAACUCUCCUGUUAAUUGUAGGGAUUUUUCACCCCUUCCUCCUGCCUCCAGUUUAAUUCCAGGGCUCCUGCAGAGCCUGAAUGUCUCCCAAACUUCCCCCAACUCUGGAGAACUUUCCCUCCUUACAUUUUCCAGUAUUUAUCCCUUGCUCCCGGUGUCCACACCACAAGCAGAGCUUGAAAUGAUAGGAAAAUGGGAAUUCAAUCCCAGCCUGGAGCAAACGCUGAUACCUGGCACAGUGUUGGGAUGGCGGGGCGCCGCAAUGAGGAUGUCAGGAGCGCAAUCCCAGAGGAAUUCAGCUGGACACCCUGCUCCAGUGGCUCUGGGAACGGUGCCACUCAGCCUCUGGAGCUGCCCCCAUCUCCUGCUUUUAUUGAAUCCAUUUUUUUUGGACAAGAUCCGUUGUGUGAGGGCACAAGCAGCCUUCCAAAAGAAGCACUUUCAGGUGGAAUCCGGGCUGGGAAUCCCCCAGGGUGGCUCCCUGGCCUCGUCCUUAGCCAGAGCUGUGUUUUCCUGCUGUGCUGCACGCUGAAAGUUGGAAGGGAAAGCAGCAAAAUCGACACACAAACCCGUUUCAAAGGAACAAGCUGCACCCGUGUCCUCUCCCCUCACCCAGACCAAAGCUCAGUAUCCAAAAUUCCCCCUGUGGAAGGUGGGAACAGAGGGAACAACGUCUCCUCCAGCCCAAAUUGAAAGCUUUUCACCCCAUUUUGGUGCCCUGUCCCCUUCCAAUGACGUCAGUCCUGGGAGAACUGAGCUGCGUGACCACGCAGAGGCUUUGGGGUGCCAGUGCUCGGGCUCUGAGAAAUGGUUUAUUUUUGGAAUAUUUUUGCUUAUACUCUCAAUUAUUUUACAUCUUUCAGUAUUCAGAAAGAUAAAAUAAAGUGAAAAUUAAAUAUAAGCCAAACCUUUUAAUCUCAGGUGGUGAAGUGAACACGGAGAUUAAAAGAAACUGGUUCUUUCCUUGAUUAUCAUCAUGUACAGAAAUCCCUGGCUGGAAAAUGGCUGGAACUGUAAAUACCCCGGCUCCCGCGGCAGAUUUUUUUGGGGCGGAAAGUGGAAUUUGAACUUUUUUUGGAAACACGGCAGAGAACACGUUUAUUUACACGCGAAUAAACCCCUUUGGUACAAAGCGGUGUCGCCUCUGUGCUGGGGACGGGGUCGCAAGGGCAUCCCCGCCAUGCUCGAUUUUCCCGCCACAAUGACAUCACCGUGACGUCACCCCGCGCCGCGCGCUGAUUGGUUGAACUCGCUGCUCCCGGAAGAGACCGGAGGGGCGGGGGACGCCCCCCCCCCCCCCCCUGCCGGGACCCCCGAUCCCCGCAGCCCCCCGGACACCGGGGGGAGCCUCCUGCGGCGGGGGGGUCCCGCGGCCCCGCCACCGGGGCAGGGGGCGGCAGGGCCCCCACGGCGGCGCGAUGGGGGCGGCGGCCUGCGGGAUGUUCUCAAACAACGAUGAAGCUGCCAUCAACAAAAAACUGCCCAAAGAGCUGCUGCUUCGAAUUUUCUCUUUCCUGGAUGUGGUCACUCUGUGUCGUUGUGCUCAAGUUUCCAGGGCAUGGAAUGUUCUGGCCCUGGAUGGCAGUAACUGGCAGCGAAUCGACCUGUUUGAUUUCCAGACGGAUAUUGAGGGCCGAGUGGUGGAGAACAUCUCCAAGAGAUGUGGGGGAUUCCUGCGGAAGCUGAGCCUGCGGGGCUGCCUGGGAGUGGGGGACAACGCCUUAAGGACCUUUGCCCAGAACUGCAGGAACAUCGAAGUGUUGAACCUCAAUGGUUGCACCAAGAUCACGGACGCCACCUGCACCAGCCUCAGCAAGUUCUGUUCCAAACUCAGGCACCUGGAUUUGGCUUCCUGCACCUCCAUAACCAACCUGUCCCUGAAAGCACUCAGCGAGGGAUGCCCGCUGCUGGAACAGCUCAUCAUCUCCUGGUGCGACCAAGUGACCAAGGACGGGAUCCAGGCGCUGGUGCGGGGCUGCGGGGGGCUGCGGGCCCUGUCCCUCAAGGGCUGCACCCAGCUGGAGGACGAGGCCCUCAAGUUCAUCGGUGCCCACUGUCCCGAGCUGGUGACCCUGAACCUGCAGACCUGCCUGCAAAUCACAGACGAUGGGCUCAUCACCAUCUGCAGGGGCUGCCACAAGCUGCAGUCCCUGUGUGCUUCUGGCUGCUCCAACAUCACCGACGCCAUCCUCAAUGCCCUGGGACAGAACUGCCCACGCCUCCGAAUACUGGAAGUGGCGCGGUGUUCCCAGCUGACCGACGUGGGCUUCACCACCCUGGCCAGGAAUUGCCAUGAGCUUGAAAAAAUGGAUCUGGAAGAGUGUGUCCAGAUUACAGACAGCACACUAAUCCAGCUCUCCAUACACUGUCCACGGCUGCAGGUCCUGAGUUUAUCCCACUGCGAGCUGAUCACGGACGACGGGAUCCGUCACUUGGGCAACGGCGCCUGCGCCCACGACCGCCUGGAGGUGAUCGAGCUGGACAACUGUCCCCUGAUCACCGACGCCUCCCUGGAGCACCUCAAGAGCUGCCACAGCCUGGAGAGGAUAGAACUGUACGACUGCCAGCAGAUCACGCGGGCCGGGAUCAAGAGACUCAGGACCCACCUGCCCAGCAUCAAAGUCCACGCCUACUUCGCCCCGGUGACCCCCCCGCCCUCGGUGGGCGGCAGCCGACAGCGCUUCUGCAGAUGCUGCAUCAUCCUAUGACAGCGGAGCCUCCUCCCGGCCAGCUGGGGCUGGAACCACGCCCGGGAGCUCCGGGCACGCCGGAGCCUCGGAGGAAACGGAUCCCAGUGUCAUUUGCCAGGGCCAGAGAGCGGGGCCGGGCUGCCCUGCAGCCACCCACACACCCCCUGUGAUCCCGGCGGGAUGAGGGACUGGGCGCGGAGCUGCAGCUGGGCCGGCUUUUCCCGGGGUGGAUUGGCCUAAUCCUGACCCGUUCCUGCUGGGAAUUGCUGGGAAUUCCCCGGGGGAAACCCCUGGCAAGGAGGGGAGGGCUCCCACCCUGGAGGGACUGAUGCUGCUGGUGAGGUUGGAAAAGGAACCGAGAUCCUUGGAAGUGGGGAGAGAGGAGAGGAGAGGAGAGGAGAGGAACACGCUUGAAGCCCGUUGUGCAGCAGGCAAAACCCCAACAAACCUGAAACCCCAACAAACCUGAAACCCCAACAAGAUCCAUGUCUGUUUGUCAGCGAGGGAAUGAAACAGCAGCUGCUGAGCCAGGAUUCCCCUGGGAUCCAGGAUUUCCUGGGAUUCAGGGUUUCCCCUAGGAUUCAGGAUUCCCCUGGGAUCCAGGAUUUCCUGGGAUUCAGGAUUCCCCUAGGAUUCAGGAUUCCCCUGGGAUCCAGGAUUUCCUGGGAUCCAGGGUUUCCCUAGGAUUCGGGAUUUCCUGGGGUCCAGGAUUUCCCUGGGAUUCAGGAUUCCCCUGGGAUUCAGAGUUUCCCUGGGAUCCAGGAUUUCCCUGGGAUUCAGGAUUCCCCUGGGAUUCAGAGUUUCCCUGGGAUUCAGGAUUCCUCUGGGAUUCAGGAUUCCCCUGGGAUUCAGAGUUUCCCUGGGAUCCAGGAUUUCCCUGGGAUUCAGGAUUUCUUGGGAUCCAGGAUUCCCCUGUGGUCCAGGAUUCCCCUGUGCUUCCCUGCUCCCACCUGAGCAUGCUGAUGUGAAGGCUCAUCUUCCCUGUGUCAGAGGCUUCCCAGAUUGUUAUUUGGGAAUUUCUUGUGCCACCUAUUUUACGUCCCCAAAUCCUGCUGCUUUUUUUAAGUUUUUUUUUCCUUUUUUUCCUCCAAAUUCAGUCAUUUCUUGAGAUUUCCCAGCCCUAAGCCACAAAUCUGUGAGGAGUUUUUUUCCAGGAGAAGCCUGAGCUGUCUGGUAGAUGUUUGAGGAGCAGGGGAAGCUGCACCCCAGGCUGGGCUCUCCUGGGCUUCCUGCCCUGUGUGGUCGGGGACUGGGUGUCCAAAAUGAUCCCAAAUCCAGAUUUUAUCCCAGUGACAAGGAUAUAAUCCUCCGUACAGGGAAUAAUAUAUAUACAGAUAUAUAAUUCUCAGCACAGGGAGCACGUUCCAGCCCGUGUGUUCCCUCCUCCUGCCCUUUCCCUCCAUCCUUCCCCCGAGGAAAAGCCAAGUAGAGCUUUUUGCUUGUUGCCCUGAUGAAGAAUUAAGGAUUCCCUGACGGAGCAGGGCUGGGAUCCCCCCUGAGCCCCCGUGGGGGCCCUUGCUGACCUCCCCAGCUGCCCAGGUAAGUGUGCUGCCCUGCAGGGAGCCCCGGCGUGGGGUUCGGGUGUGCCAGGCCAGCCCUGGGGGAGGAUGGGGUGCUGCUUUUUUGGGGUGUUUCGGGCUCCAGGAGAGCCCAGACCGAUGGAAUUGCAGGGGCCCAGUGUGGAGCUGCUGGGCAGAUCCCAAGGGUGAUGGGGGCAGGAGCCGUGUCCGUCCUUCCUGCUGUCCGUGCGGGGAGCUGCCCGGGGCCGAGGGCGUGGGCUGCUCUCGGUGCCGAGGAAUCUCCUGCUGGGGAAGGAGCGGCUGCAGCGCCGGGAAUGGCUGCUUUAGGGGCUGGGGCGGGUGGUUUUCCCACCAGGAAUUCCAAGGACGAUGCGCUGUUCCCAGCAGGAGGGUCCCAGGUGCCCCUGGAGCUGCCCCCCUUCAUCCCCCCCGGCCCCCCCAGCCUGUGCUGGCUCUGCUGGGAGCACCUGCAGGCUGCCGUGGUUAAAAGGAUACUGUCAAUGCCCUCCUGUAGAUGGCUUUUAAUCCCUGAUAUUUAUUCAAAUCCUCUUUAGCGCUGUGGAUUCUCCCCCUCUCCUCGGGCGCCUUCAUUUCCAGAACUUUCUCCAGGUUUCAGGGUGGCAGAAGAUGGACGGGCGAGGGGUCACCCAGCAAUCACAGGAUUUGCACAACUCCGGGAAAAUAAACAACAAAACACUUCUGUUUAGUUCCUACCGUGGCAGGGGAGAGCGAACAGCGGGGCUUUGGCUGACUGAUCCCUUUGUAACAGAGCCGAGUUUUCCAGGGAAAACUCCGGAACACAGAACCCAAAGCAAUUUCUUUUCUGUUUGCAGACCAGGGUGACAGCAGUAAGGUAGCUCAAACUUCUUGACAGUGUCCUUUUAAGUCAAUUAUCCGUCUUCAAAUGGACUCUUCCUGAUGUUUAUAUUUAUAAAUACCAAUAAACACCAUUUUCCAA